AUAUGUAUGAUAUUUCACACGUAAACUUUGUAAUGCUGUGUAUGCGUAUGUACCAAUCAGGCUGUCAUGCGUAACUGUAGCUGUGACAAAAGACAGCCGUGACAAGUCAAUAUUGGUGACAAAAUAGCAAAAUAGCAAAUUUCUGCGCGCGAGUUCAAAACGUGCAUGUUCAAAGCGUUGAGAUCUCGUUGAUUUGUAGUGGAGAAGUCUCGUUCACAAGAGCCACAAAAAUGCAACAAGAGCCUACGCCAUACGAGCUGGCGUAUCGCGGCAAAACUGCGGCCGUCAAGAUUUUGCUGAGCGAGAACGAGAAGCUGAAGACACAAACGGACGGUAACGACCGAAUGUUGAUACAUUGGGCGGCGCUGGGUGGCCACGACGAUCUUGUAAGACAUUUGCUGUCCCUCGAUGUACCGGUGGAUCCCACAGACGACACAAACAUGACUCCGCUGAUCCUGGCGGCGUCUGCCGGCCGCGAGAAGGUCGUUAACACAUUGCUGGCUGAGGGAGCGAACGUAAAUGCAAUGACGAUCGACGGUCACUCGGCGUUGCAGUACGCCGCAUCUAAGAACUGGAAAUCCAUCUGCGUGGCGUUGCUCGAGAGGGAUGCAGACGUGAACAUCGCGGACAAACGAGGUGCCACCCCUCUCCAUAGAUCCGCCUCGAAGGGCAACACCGCCAUCGUGCAACUCCUUAUGGAGUAUGGGAAGAAAUUGAACAUAGAUCAGAGAGACGCGUACGGUAACACACCGUUGCAUCUCGCUUGCGAGGAGGACCGCGUGGAAGAAGCAAAACUGCUGACGGCGCACGGUGCGGACUUGAUGAUCACCAACAAGGAGCGUAAGACUCCGUUGGAUCUUGCGAGUCCCGGAUUGGUUCGACAACUCGAGGAAAUCAAGCGAAAGACUGCGUCAAAGUGAAAUGCUCCCUCGUGCGAAUUUUUUUCCUAUGAAAGUUUUACGCGGUUUAAGUUUUGUUAAAUAAGUCUUCAAUAAAUUUAUCCAUGAUCAAGA